CGGAUAUCCGAGUUUUUCUGCUUCGUGGGAUGUAAAUGUGUUUCUUGAUUUCUGGUUAGAAUGAUUAUGACUGAGAGGGAAGGAUGUUUAUUGAGCCAAGAAAGUGGCAAGUUUACUGCUCGAAUUUGGUUGGUCAGGACAGAACUCCGCUAGGAAAACCCGGACUCGACUUCAACACAACUUCCCACUACAUACACAAAUAGUAAAGAGUAGCAAACAUGAACCGAACGAUCAUCAGAACAUCGAAGCAUGCAUCCGAACUACUCAAACGCACCUCAUCCAGACCACCAUCGAUCGCACAGCUCGGCGGAUAUGGAGCCCGAACAUUAACAUCAAGAGCGAAGGUCGUAGGAAGUCGAAGCUACCAACCAAUGGCCGGACGAUGGCGCACUUAUUCACAAGUGACCGAGCCUCAGGAGGAGGAGGAGAAGAAGAUGGACAUGGACAAUCUCGAACGGGUGUCGGAUGAGGUGGACGUGUGUAUCGUAGGAGGCGGUCCAUCAGGCUUGUCGGCAGCGAUCAAGCUCCGACAGUUAGCGAUCGAGGCGGGCAAGGCGGAGGAGUUCCGGGUGAUCGUGAUCGAGAAGGGGGCGGAGGUGGGCUCGCACAUCCUCUCAGGGGCGGUGAUCGAGAGCCGGGCGUUGGACGAACUGUUGCCGGAGUGGAGAGAGGACGGGAGUGCACCGAUAGUGAUGAAGGCCAGCUCGGAUUCGAUGAAGUUCUUGACCGCCCGCUCGGCCUUCCCCUUGCCCCAUCCCCCGCAGAUGAACAACAAGGGCAACUACAUCGUCUCCCUCAGCAAGGUCUGUCGCUGGCUGGCCGAACAAGCCGAGGCCCUCGGCGUCGAGAUCUACUCGGGCUUCGCCGGCGCUAAACUGCUCUACUCGGACGAUGGCAAGGCCGUCCGAGGGGUCAUCACCAACGAUAUCGGCCUCGAUCGCUCCGGGAAACCCAAAGAAUCCUUCGAACCCGGAAUGGAGUUUCAUGCCAAGACGGUCUUGUUGGCCGAGGGAUGCCAUGGUUCGUUAUCCAAGAUGGCUAUCGAACGCUUCAAGUUGAGAGACGGCAAAGACCCUCAAACCUACGGUCUCGGGAUCAAGGAAGUCUGGAGAGUUAAGGACGAUGUCUACGAGCCGGGUAAGGUCCUCCAUACUCUUGGCUGGCCACUUCAGCGGGACACUUAUGGGGGCAGUUGGAUGUACCAUCUCGAGGAUAACAUGGUCUCUCUGGGUCUGGUCGUUGGUCUGGAUUAUCCAAACCCAUACCUGUCUCCUUACCAGGAAUUUCAAAGAUUAAAACAUCACCCCAUCUUUUCCAAAGUCUUAGAGGGUGGGGAAUGUCUAGCCUAUGGUGCACGAGCGUUGAACGAAGGGGGAUACCAAUCGAUCCCGAAAUUGACGUUCCCAGGGGGCGCCUUGAUAGGAUGUUCAGCAGGAUUCUUGAACGUGCCGAAGAUCAAGGGGACCCACACGGCGAUGAAGUCUGGGAUGAUUGCGGCGGAAGUGGCCUUCGAGGCGCUGGUGACCAAGCCAUCCGAGUCCGGCGAGGAGAACCGAUCCCCAGUCGAGCUGGUCGAUUACCAGCAGAAACUCGACCACUCUUGGGUCAUGAAGGAGUUGAAGGAGGUCCGCAACUUGAGACCCUCGUUCCAUAACCCCUUGGGCUUGUACGGUGGGAUCAUCUAUUCCGGAAUCGAUAGUCUCCUCUUGAAGGGCCGAGUACCCUGGACAUUCCACCACAAAAAAGAGGACCAUGCUCAUACUAAAUCCAUCAAGGAAUACAAGCCGAUUGACUAUCCGCCACCCGACCACAAACUGUCGUUUGACAUCCUCACCUCGGUCUCUCGAACGGGGACGAACCAUGCGGAAAACCAGCCGAACCAUCUGGUCAUCAAGCCCGAGAAGCUGGCCGACCAUCUCCAGAUCAACGUCUCCGAGUUCGACGGGCUCUUGAAUAAGGCCUGUCCGGCUGGGGUCUACGAAUACAUCGACGUCGAACAAGAGCCCAUCCCGUCGUCUGAUUCCGAUCCCCCUUCCUCCUCCUCCUCUGGCCAGAAAAAAUUGGUCAUCAAUUCCCAGAAUUGUAUCCAUUGUAAGACUUGUUCAAUCAAAGUCCCUACUCAAGACAUUACUUGGACCGUGCCCGAAGGCGGCGGCGGACCUGCAUAUUCUCUUACUUGAAGGACACGCAAAUUUCGAUCAAGUCAGGUCCAAUUCAUGACAAUCUCAACAACCAGUCAAUCAAUCAAGCAAGCAAGCAAUCACUCAACAAAAGAAUUUUUUAUUUAUCACGUAUUCUUUGGCUUCUAAGAACAAGAGGAAGAAGAGAAUCUUCUAUGUCGUUUGCAUGGUUUCAAUUAUGUUUUUCGUCUUCUCUGCAGUUGUAAGAUCAUAUUAUUUUCUCUGAUUAAUUUUUUUUACCAUUGUUCAUGUCUCCCUGAUUCGCUUUUCAAUCCGAUUUAAAAGAAGCUAGUAGCUGUGUAUUUAGAAGCACCCCAAUAUAGAUUGCGAUUUUCAUUUUUUUCUUUAUCUAUUAUCAUCAACUACUGUUCACAUACUUCGACCUUGUUUGUCUUUGGUUUGUAGAUUGUUGGGUUCGCAUCUUCUGGUACUGUCGAGUUUCAUGUUUGUUUGUUAGCACCAUCAUCGUCACUACUUCUUUCUCAUCUUUCUGGCAAAUCAACGAUUGAAGAUACAUGAUCAUGGGAUUUUGUGUUGAGCUUUAAUUGGGUGACCGAAGAAACAACC